AUGAUUAUAAUAUAUUUCACCCUCGCUCUACUUUUGGGGUUGUUGGGGCUGUAUACGCUCAAGUCCUAUUUCAUCUCAUCCAAUUCUCUUCCUCUUCCACCUGGUCCUCCCCGGAUACCCAUCAUUGGUAAUUUUUUUGAUUUUCCAAAGUCGGGAUCCAACGCAUGGGAACAUUGGUUGAAGCACAAGGAUCUUUAUGGCCCCAUCAGUUCACUUGUCACAGCCGGACGAACCCUCAUCAUUCUCAACAAGGCGGAGAUGGCAAUUGAUCUAAUGGAGAAGCGAUCAGCCAUUUACUCGUCGCGUCCACAGUCUGUAUUUUGCGCUGACUUAGUCGGCUGGAAGCGCAUGGUGGUCGUCAAUGGUGAUGCAGCUGUGGUCCGUACACACCGAAAAUACAUCACGGGCUUGCUUGGAUCGAAAAAUUCCAUCUUAAACAGGCAUACUCAACUUGAUCUUGGGGCCAGAUAUCUUUUAUUGCAAAUACUUCAGCAGCCUGAUUCUCUGAUUGAGAAUAUUCGACGUUUUACCGGAGCGAGCAUACUAGACAUGGUCUAUGGGUACAAAGUCGAGCCGUCUGGGACAGACUCUCUCGUCGAUCUUGCCGAACUUUCUACCUCGCAAUUCUCCAUCGCAAUGCAGCCUGGGGCGUGGGUUGUUGAUAGGAUCCCUAUAUUAAAAUACCUUCCCGCUUGGUUCCCAGGAGCCGGAUUUCAACAUACAGCGCGGGAAUGGGCUGAUACUUUGACCACCUUGGCGGAAAAGCCUUAUGCAUUCGUCCUUCACCAACGAAGCAAGAAGAAGGCUAUGGAUUCAUACGUCUCCAGACACUUGGACGCACUGGAUAACCCUGCCACGCCGGAGGAGAAAUAUGUGAUUAAAUGGACAGCAGCCAUCAUGUAUGCCGGUGCUGCAGAUACCACCGUCUCGGCAGUCUCAACUUUCUUUCUCGCCAUGGCCCUGUUUCCAGAUGCCCAGCGCCAGGCUCAAGCGGAGCUUGAUCGGGUGGUAGGGUCAAGACUUCCCACCAUAGACGAUCGUCCUAAUCUACCGUAUGUAGACGCUCUCAUGAAGGAAGUCAUGCGUUGGCAUCCUGUUGCACCCUUAGGGCUUCCCCAUAUGACCACAGAAGAGGAUGAAUAUUGUGGAUAUCGGAUUCCAAAGGGGGCAGUUUUAGUUCCAAACGUCUGGUCAUUCACACACGAUCCAGAAAUGUAUAAUCAGCCGAUGUCAUUCAAUCCUGGCCGAUUCUUGCAACACGAGAACGGCCCCCCUCCUGAGUUUGAUCCUCAGAAGUUGGUCUUUGGAUUCGGGCGCCGGAUCUGUCCUGGUCGUUAUCUCGCCGAUGCAAGCCUCUUUAUCACUAUUUCAAAGUUACUUGCGGUUUUCAAUAUUUCAAAAGGUCUUGGAGAGGAUGGCAAGGAGAUGGAUUUCCCAGUUGGAUUCCAACCUGGUAUGAUCAGUCAUCCAUCGCCAUUCCGUGUCCAAAUUCGACCGCGCAGUGAACAUGCCCAAAUGCUGAUUAGGUCUGUUGAUACGGAGGAACCGUGGUUAAAGGGGGAUUCCGAGAUAUUUGAUGAUAUUAAGUUCUAA